CCCCGUUUUCAAUCGCUGAAGAACCCAAAAUUAGAACCCUAAAUAGAAGCCGUCAUCCCAAAACGAGACACCGUAAUAGGGGUUGUGUGAAGCGCUAAUCUGAUUCCCGUUUCCAAUCUCGCAGCCAAGAACCCUAGAAUCCUAAAUCUCUCAAACCCAGAAGCACGAAACCGGGAAACCCAAAGCUGAAUCCUCUUCCAUUGGAGUCGAAGUUUCGAAUCGAAGCUUCGAUUGAAGACGUGGCCUCAUGGUAGGCAACGACCUUGACCUAUGGAUUCCAAGGGGAGCCGAUAUCGAAGCAGAUGAGGUUCCCGAUUAUGGGCAGCCGGAUUAUUUUACAAUAAAGGUGUUUCAUGGGGGCUGUAUAAGGGAUAACAAGUAUGUGGGAGGAAAGGUGAAUUUUUUUGACUAUGUGGAUAAGGACAAGAUGUCCCUCGUAGAGGUAGACAAUAUGGUGAGGCAAUUGGAUCCAACAUAUGAAGGGCAGAGAAUAGAUUAUUGGUAUAGGAUUGGUUCCGAGGAUCAAACAUUGACGAAGCUAAGUACUGAUCUGGAUGCCAUUACAAUGUGUUGCUGUGUACCUUCAAUUAGGUUGGUGUUACUGUAUUUAGAUCAUAUGGAGCUGCAUGGUGUGUAUGGGGACAGCUUGGAUGAAGUGUAUGAAAUGGAGGUCAUCUUUUUUAGCCAAGCAGAAUCUGGUGGGGUAGUUAUAGAGGAACUGCCAGAUAGCCCAAGAGAAAUACCUCCUAGACCAGCAAAGAGAAACGCUGGGAUAGUUAUAAGAGAAGUCCAGGAUAUUGUGCCAUUUCAACAGAUGAAGGCUGCUAGUAUUGGUCCGAAUGACAAGGGUAAAGAAAAGGUUGAUGAAAGGAGCAACCAAAACUCUAGCGGUAUCGACUUUGAUGAUCUGCACGAUAUAGACAUCCUAGAUUUCAUGCAAAGUUAUGGUGGACAAGGGUUUGAAGAUAAUGAAGAGGAUGAAGAAGAUGAUGGAUCUGAUGGGAAUAAUGAUGAUGACUAUAACCCUGAGUUGGAUGAUGAAGAUUAUGACCCUUAUGGUAUAGAUGAUGAUGAUGAUGAUGAUGAUGUUGAGGGUAUGGAAGGAAGUCAAGGAGCAGAUGGUGGAAAGCAAACUGAAGAUGGUGUAGGAACAAGCAGUCAAUUACUUGUAUUGGGGAGCAGAAAUGCAUAUGCUGAUUUGGAAGACAAUGAGGACAUGUUUGCUAAUGUGGAUUCGGAUGAAGAGAGAAUGGGACCUGCCGUAAACUCUGAUGGGGAGCCUGAAGAUGAAUUCCCAGAAUUUAACCCGAAGACAGACAUGAAGAAACCUGAGUUCUGCAAAGGGAUGAAAUUUGCUAAUGUAAGGAUAUUAAGAGCUGCAUUGAGGGAGAAAGCAAUUCAAGGUGGCUGGGAAUACGUGUACCUCAAAAAUGACAAGCAAAGAUUAAGAGUGAUAUGCAAGGAGGAUGACUGCCCCUUCGAGCUUUAUGCAUCAAAAAUGCAACAUGAGAACACACUCAUGAUCAAGACAUAUGAAAGUGAGCACAAGUGCACAAGAAAGUGGAACAACACAAUGGUAAGGUCUAGAUACUUGACUGCAAAAUUCAAGGACAAGAUUCAGCUUAAUGAAAACUGGAACACAGGUUCUCUUGCCCAGACCAUGUCUACGAAGAUCAAGGCAAGGGUAUCAAAGCAAAUGGCCUAUCGGGCUAAAAGGGCAGCUUUGUUGGAAUUGGAGGGCUCUAUUAGGGAACAAUUUGCAAGGCUGGCAGACUAUGGCAAAGAGCUGCAGCGGGUUGACCCAGCAACCACGAUAGAUAUCAAGUGUGAUUUCUCACACUCAAGCAGCCAGCCCAUUUUCAAGAGAAUGUACAUAUGUCUGGGGGCCCUUAAGAAUGGAUUCAAGGCAGGUUGUAGGGCUGUUAUAGGAUUAGAUGGUGCUCAUCUAAAGAGUGCUUUUGGAGGGCAACUCUUGACAGCGGUUGGGAUCGAUGCCAACAACACCACAUGGGUCAUAGCAUAUGCAAUGGUGGAGAAUGAGACUAAAGAUUCGUGGAUUUGGUUUCUGCAGUUAUUGGGAAAGGAUUUGGAUAUGAAUGAUGGUGGAGCCGGGUGGACAUUUAUAAGUGACAAACAGAAGGGAUUGAUGCCUGCUUUUGAUGAGGUGGUCCCCUUAGCACAUAUCAGAUUCUGUGAGAGACAUAUGUGGACUAACUUCACAAAGUUAUUUCCGGGGAAAGAGAUGAAGGACCAGAUGUGGAAGUGUGCUAAAGCAACCACAAUGCCUUUCUAUUUAAAAGAAAUGGAAGAUAUGAAACAGUUGAAUGAGAAGGCAUAUGAUUGGAUGAAAGGUAUAUGCAGUUUUGGCUUCUUAUUUGUAUUCAGCUUAUGUAUGCAGGAAUGUUUAUUGACACAAUGACUUGCUAACUGUUUUGCAGAACCUGAAAGGCCCCCAAAACAUUGGUGCAUGGCUUUCUUUAACACUGCACAGCUGUGUGACAUUCUAAUCAAUAACUUGUGCGAGAGUUUUAAUGGAUGGAUAAGAGACGCUAGGGGUAAGCCACCUCUGUCCAUGUUUGAAGAAAUCCGGGUGAAGCUAAUGACAAGGAUUCAGCUUAGAAGGGAAAAAAUGCAAGCUUACCAUGGCAACAUUUGCCCCAAGGCAAGGAAAACACUUGAAAAGAAUAAGUUGAAAGCAGCUACAGACUGUAUUUCUACCUUCAAUGGAGGUCACCAAGCUGAAGUUGAGAACUUUGGUGGCUCUAAGAAUACUGUGGACCUGAAUCUAAGGACAUGUUCUUGUCGAAUGUGGGACUUGUUGGGAAUUCCUUGCAAACAUGCAGUCUCGGCUAUUUUCCUGAAGAGGGAGGACCCGGAUGAUUACGUUGCUGAAUGCUACCUCAAGAAGACCUAUAUGGCAAUAUACAGCAACCUCAUAAUGCCUGUUAAUGGUAUGGAUCUUUGGUUAAGAGGUGAAGGACCAGCAAUGUUACCUCCCCAAUAUACAAGACAGCCGGGCCGACCAAAAACAAAGAGGAUUAAAGACUCUUCAGAGAAAGCUCAGGGAUCUGGUACUAAACUAGGAAGAGUACAGAAAUCACUAAAGUGUGGCAAUUGUGGGGUCCUAGGUCACAAUAUUAAGACAUGCCAUCGGCAUCUGCCACCAAAGGAGAAGAGUUCUGCCCUUAAUAAAAGGAGGAAGCUAAACAACGGGGAGGGUUCUGAAACUCAGCAGACCAAGAAGGAAAAAAAAACAACCUUGACAAAGAAUGAAUUGAGGAAGAAAGCCAAAGAAACAGCCGAGUAUCAAAGGAAGAAGAUGGCUUCCAUGAAGGCCUCAAGAGCAGCAGGAACCAAAUCUGCCCCAUCAAGCUCAAGGAGUGUACCACCACCACCUGCCCCAACAAGGCCACCUGCCCCAACAAGGCCAGCAACAUCAGCAACUGCCAGUUCAAGGCCUGUACAAAGUUCUCAAGCAUCCAGCACCAAGGCUGCAAACUCAACUAGAACCUCGCAAAGAAUUAGACAAAACUCAGGUAGAGGAGGUGGGAAAUAGUUGAACUCCAAUUUCACAUUAGCAAGCCUUGCAAUUCUAUUUUGUACCCCCUUUUCGUGCAAUCUGUUGGUAUUUGCAAACUGAUGACAUCUUUUUGUUAGAUAUGGUGUUUGAACAGAUUAUGCGGAUAUAUUGUUGUAAGGCUCUGUGUUUUUUUGCUUUUGUCAAGUUAGAGCUGCAUUGUAGUGUUGUGUUCAUGGGUUUGCUAUUAGAUAAAAUUGGAUGGAGGACUUGGAUGUAUCUUUUGGUUAUAUAUGAACA